UCUUCUCUCAUCACCUGGGUCUCAACUAGUCAAAUGACCUGCCUGGAGGGUGAGCCGAAGGGACCUUCCCCAGGCCUGGCACUGAAGAACGUCUGAGCGGCAGAUGCAGGAGGAGGAUGCACAGCAGGUGCAGUACUUCUCGGCAUAACAAACUCAAGAGGCUGCGUUGAGGGUGACGAGAGACCUGCCUGUAGCUGGGAGUGGCAUGCAAACCAGAAUGCUACGCCCAGAGCUGAAUGGAGUCUGCCCUGAUGAGGGAGACAGCUGCGUUGUGCAUCCUAAGAUUUGUGACCUCGAAAUGGUUCCCAACCUCAGACGCAGCAAUAGUGCCUUCUGUAAGAGCAAGGGGAAGGCUCACUUUGCCACUGGCAAUAAUGAAAAGGAGAAUCUCAGCUCGUGGAUUCCUGAAAACAUCAAGAAGAAGGAGUGUGUAUACUUUGUUGAAAGUUCCCAAAUGUCAGAUACUGGGAGGGUCAUGUGUGAAUGUGGUUACCCCAGGGAACAGCACCUGGAAAAGGCUACAAAGUCAUCUGUUUUCCUGGGGAAAGAAUGGGACCCCAAGAGGCACAUCCAAGAAAUGCCGACGGAUGCGUUUGGUGAUAUCAGCUUUGCGGGUCUGGGACCAAAGGUGGGAAAGUAUGUGCGCGUCUCAGCGGACACCCCUCCGUGCAUUAUCUACCAGCUGAUGACUCAGCAUUGGGGCCUCGACGUGCCCAACCUGCUCAUCUCUGUGACCGGGGGAGCUAAAAACUUCAACAUGAUGCCAAGGCUGAAGAACAUCUUCCGACGGGGGCUGGUCAAGGUGGCCCAAACAACAGGAGGCAGCUGGGGGCAGAUGCGCCAUGCAGGGGCUGAGUCUGAGGACCUCACAGAACUCCCUGGCCUGGAAGGGCAGGAACAAAGUAGUGUUACAGACCGAAGAGAGCUGCUGUUAAACUGGUCUGUUUAA